AUGGCGAACAUCAAACAAAUUGAAAAGAAAACGAGGGCGAUAACAGUGCAAUCGCAAACCGACCGGCUAAAUAAAUCUUUGUACUGUUUUAGGGAGCCAGAAACCGAAGCACUAGCGAACUUCGGUAAUUCUAUAAUCGGCCACGAAAUAGAAGAACUUCGCCGUUGUACAAAAGAACAACAAUCGAUUAUUGAUGCUAUUGAUGUUACCGGUUAUGUAAACGAACUCGAGAAGAUUCGAGAACAAAAAAAACAGGCCGAAAGUAUUGAAAAUUUAAUUUUCGAACAAAAUCUACUAAACAACGAGUUAGUCGAACUGAACAAAGAGCUGAUUAAGUCGUAUCGCUCUCAAAAAGAACUAUCUCAACAACUUACCAACCUAAAAAUGGAACGGUAUGUGUUAAACCAUUUGAUCAAAUCUACGAUCGAAAAUAACGAUAAAAGUAAAUAG